GAAGAAGAAGAAGAAGAUGGAGUCAGCAGCCGCCGGACGUGGUGACGCCUCCUCUCAGUAGACGGUCUCUGCUCUCUCUCUCUCUCCUGCUGGACUCGCUCUGCCGGACUGAAAUAGGUCCAGCUGGGUUUGGUCUGGCAGUCACCGCCUUCAGACUCCGGCACCAGCUACACCUGAACAAACGGACGGUACCGACGUCUGGCGACCGUUAACCGGAGGAUUUACCGCCAUUUUCCGCUGCCUCGCUCGGUCUCGUUCAGAUAUAAAUAUAUAUAAAUCUUCAACGUCUUAUUCGCCCGUUUGGUUUUUUUCUCCACCGCCACCGAAGUGAUGUCUGUCGCGGGGUUGAAAAAGCAGUUCCAUAAAGCCACCCAGAAAGUCAGCGAGAAGGUCGGAGGAGCAGAGGGAACCAAGCUAGACGAUGACUUCAAAGAAAUGGAAAAGAAGGUGGACAUCACCAGCAGAGCAGUGUUGGACAUCAUGACUAAAACUACAGAAUACCUACAACCCAACCCAGCAUCCAGAGCCAAGCUGAGUAUGAUCAACACCAUGUCAAAGAUCCGCGGGCAGGAGAAAGGACCUGGUUACCCGCAGGCUGAGAGCGUCCUGGGCGACGCCAUGUUGAAGUUUGGACGGGAGUUAGGGGAGGAGUCCAGCUUCGGUAUGGCGCUGAUCGAUGCCAGCGAGGCGAUGAAGGAGCUCGGGGAGGUGAAGGACGCUCUGGACAUGGAGGUCAAACAGAACUUCAUCGACCCGCUGCAGAACCUCCAUGACAAAGACCUCAAAGAGAUACAGCACCACUUGAAGAAGAUGGAGGGCCGACGUCUGGACUUCGACUACAAGAAGAAGCGUCAGGGGAAAGUCCAGGAGGAUGAAAUCAAACAGGCGCUGGAGAAGUUUGACGAGAGCAAAGAGAUCGCGGAGCAGAGCAUGUUCAACCUGCUGGAGAGCGACAUAGAACAGGUGAGCCAGCUGGCAGCGUUGGUUCAGGCCCAGUUGGAGUACCACAGCCGCUCUGCCGAAAUCCUCCAACAGCUCUCCAGCAAGAUGGAGGACAGGAUAAAAGAAGUGUCAAGUAAACCGAGGAAGGAGUACACUCCCAAACCCAGAAUGACCCUGGAGCUGCUGCCCCCCAGCGAGAGCCACAACGGAGGGAUCCACUCUGCCAAAUCGCCCGGAAGAUCACCAGCCCCGAUGGACCAGCCCUGCUGCCGAGCACUCUACGACUUUGAACCAGAGAACGAAGGCGAGCUGGGCUUCAAGGAGGGCGACGUCAUCACCCUGACCAACCAGAUCGACGACAACUGGUACGAGGGCAUGAUCAACGGCCAGUCGGGCUUCUUCCCCAUCAACUACGUGGAUAUCCUGGUGCCGCUCCCUCAUUAGGUCCCGCCAGCGACCUGACCCUUCUCCCCUCGACCAAUCCAGACACCCUGAAAACAGCCUGUAUUUGCGUAUAAAAACAACAAACCACGCCCUCCUUCUACUUCUUCUUCUUCUUCUGUGCUUCUGUGCGAUUCUGCUUUCACAAAACGGACUGAAGUGACUGUGACAGAGACGCGGUGGACGAGGCGGCAGGACAGCGAUUAGAGGAGGUAGAUUUUUCUUUUUUAGCAUGAGAGAUGCAGAAGAGAGGGAGAAGAGAAGGACUGAAGAGACGAGAAGAUGACGAUCUUUUGCAGCACAGUGCUCACUCAGUAGUGCUCACUCAGUAGUGCUCCGCUCAGCCGGGCAGCGUCGGAUACCAAUGAGGCUUCGGAGACUUGCGAAGAAGGCACGGUGUAUAUGUACGUGCAUGUCUGUGUCUGUAUGUGCGUUUCGACUUGUUCUUACUCUAUUAUGAUCAAGCCAGCACAAAUUCCUGCUCGUCAGUUCAACUGCCUGGCAGCUUUUUUGUGAAAACUGUCAUCUCGUCUUUCUUGCUGUCUCUCUCUGAAAGUACUUCUGUCUUUUUCUACCUUGACUUGCCUUCCUGUGCUUUUCUUCAGCCUAAGAGCUCUCAGCACUUCCUGUCUUUUCUUUCUUUCUUUGCUCCUUCCCUCCUGGGCUAGCACUGCCUUUCAGCAUGGUUCCAUACUGAUAUACAGACCUUUGGACCCACCGUCCAGAGUCCAGAGCUGCAGACGGUCAGCAGACCCUCCUGCUUUUGAUUGAGUACAUCUCUUGUAACAUACUCUGCAGUUCGAAGCUCAGCGGCUGUAUGCAUGAACCAGCCGAGCCAAAACGUUUGAGUGUAAAGACGCCGGAGUGAACAAGGCAGUAUCUGCAAUAAGUUUCCAGAACGUAGAAGUGAAUGCAGGAGAUGUUAACAGGUGAUGAGGGUCAGAACACUCAUUCAUCAUUAAACAUGUCGACUCAAGAGAUGAAAUGAAAUGAAAACUCUGGGUUACAUGUUGUUUCAGCAGCGAUAUGCUAACACAACCAGCACAGGCCAGUUGUACCGAACAGAACUUCUCACCAGGUCGAUGCACAGACAAGUCGUGGGGUUAUUACAGCAGGCAAAAGAGGAAAGGAUGCUUGUUUUUUCUCUGUAUACUAUUCUAAGUCACCCAUCCACAGUGUUGUGUGUGUGUGUGUGUGUGUACUGUGUGGAGUAGAUGCUUGUUGGUUCGUCGUUCUCGUGGCUUUUGCAUGCAAGACUACGGUGGUAGCUGUUCUAAAAAUUCCUGUUUCUGUUUUUUUUUAAACAUGAAUGAUGCCCAGUGUGUCCUGAAGGCAACAGAACCAUCCUUCAUUAAGACGUCACGUUAGAACCCACGGAGAUUCGAAACAUUCCAGAACCUUCAAAGCAUUCUCGACGGUCUUUACAGCGUGUUAUUAUGGAUCCCAACGCUUUUUACUCCUUCUCUGAUUGGCUACUCGGCCUCUGACAUGUACCCUGAUAUUGUAAUUCCAACCCUAAACAACCCAACCAGUGAUGACCGUGAGACAGAUUCCUGGCAACAAGAGCACCGGGAUCCAUAAUAACCCCUCUGUUCCCACUUUCCCACCAAACUUGCUCUGGUUCUCGAGCCGGUUCUGAUGUUUGGGACCUUGUUGCCAUCCGAGUCUGGAGUGGAACUGUAGUAAUCAAGGACGCAUCAUCGACGGAGGGCGGCCUGUCUGUAGAUUAUCAUGUACAAAGUUCCCACUUCAGAAUCCCAGACAACCUUUCUACUGUUGGUCGCAGCUGGAAACCAACUUCUCAGACUUGUAAAUAAUUUAUUUAUGAGUGUAACAGAAGAUUUAAAAUUACCUGUGUGAACUGGAACCGGUUCCAAGUUGGUGAACGAAGAGGCACCAUAUCCUCGUUGGUUAAAUGUUCCAGAACAUUUGUAAAUCUUGUCUUGAUCAAGUUCUCAAUUUAAGAUUUGGGAACCUUGACAUCACAGAAUAAUCUAGAAACAUUCUGGACUGUGUGAGAAAGUUUCCGGUCCGUUUAUAAGGUGCAAACUCAUUUAUUCAGCCGUUGUCAGAACAUUCUAGAAGCCUCAAAUUCCUCUUAGGUUAGCGAACUUCAGUAUUGGUGGUAACUUUAAGCCGUGGUCGUUCCCUGGAGCAUCACCACAUGUGAUAUGAUGUGGGACUUGUUCAGUGGCUACAACUGUUACUGCACCAACGUGCUACCUGCCUCUGUGUGCGUAUGUAUCAGCAGUGUUUGUACGGCAGUAUUAAUAAAUCUACUCAAACAAAGGUUCAUGUUAUUUAGUGUUGAAUGCUCUUUAAUAAUUCAGCUCUUUAUCGAUGACGUUAGAUUAAACAAAUCAAACUGUCAAGGACAAUGGAAAACAUCAGUUCAGGUGAAAACAUUUAUAAAAACCAAAGUUCGAGUGUUUUGACGUAAAUAGCAGCAAAAUAUUUUUUAACUAAAUAGUUUUACUGGCUUCUGUCUCGCAGCUUUAGCACGUGUUGAUUGUUGCUAACUAGAAAACAAGCUGACGGAGAGAUUCAGAUACAAUCCAAAUCGAGGCUAACAGAGAUGGAAAUGUUGGAGCAGUGUUAGGGGAUUUGUUCUAAUGUAUUUAUUCUGUUUUUAUCAUUUGUUUCUGUUUAAAUGAGACGUUAAACGUGAAGAAUUUACUAUUUGAUUCAUGACUUGUUGAGAAGGACAUUCAGAAUGGUGCUGGGUUUAUAUCAACUCCAUUGUACAUAACAAAACAGAAUAUUUUCCGGUUCUGGUUCUGGUGCAAACAGGAGGCUAAAACCAGUUAGCUCAAUGGGUUUAUUGCUCUCAGCCACCAUGCUAACAUUUUUAAAUAUUAUAACUGAGAUUAAACUGUUUUAAAACAUUUUUUUUUCUAUCCAGGCAUUAUUUCAAACAAGCAGCAGGAAUCUGUGCUAGCAUGGCUAAUGCUAAUGCACCAGAUGUUGCUAACCAGCUAGCCUCUCGCUUCACAUGCCUGUGCAGGCGUUUCUCUGUGAUGCGGUGUUGUGCAGAAUACCUAAACGUUGGAAGAUGUACAGAUGCUUCACUUUUGUAUCCUGAAUUAUUCUGAUCACUUGUGUUCCGUUACGGACGGCGCUGUGAUGAUGUCACAGUGUCGGGACGCUUCUGUAGCCGUUAAGCUAAGUCGAAAAAGUGAGACAUUGUUGAUGAUAUAUCGUGCUGGUUCUUGACAUGUUAGUUGACAGUAAUAAUAAUUUACCAGGUAAAACAAUAUUACCAAGGGGAGACACUAGAGGUGAAAACACCAUUUUUUUCAGGCAGAGUGGAGAUUUUAGGCUGUUUUGCUUCUAACCGUGUCUUAUUUUAGAUCAGAUCAAACCUUCCAGUUUUAUUCCUGUCUAUAAUCAGAGGAGGAGUUGUUCAUAUAUCCUCCAUAGCCUGAUUUAUAGAACAUUACAAUAUUAAAAAUCCAUCAGCAAAAUGAAGCAAGAAGUGUUGAACCUGAUUUAAUAUAUCCAAGCUCACCUGUAGUGUCCCCUCUUAAAUAUUUGGUUGAGGGACGUGAAAGUUGAAGGUUUUUCUGGUGUUUUGGACACAAAGAGAAAAAAAAAAAAAAGUGCAUUUUUAACCAGAUUUUCAAUAUAAUCAAGACAAUAAACACUGAAAAGGCAAUAAAUGAUGAUCUAACAAUAAAAUGAGGAAGAGAUGGCUCUGAAGGAAAACUGCAGUCAAAUCUAUCUAUCUAUCUAUCUAUCUAUCUAUCUAUCUAUCUAUCUAUCUAUCUAUCUAUCUAUCUGCUUUAGAUCUUAUAGACAUCUCUUCCAUUGCCAAAGCACACGUGACAACAACAAUACAAUCACAAACAGUCAAACUUGUUAAUAUUCACGCACCUGUUUGUGUGUUUCAGGUGGUUGUUAAAGACGAGGGUUCGGAGCACACCUGUGUUUGCUGUUUUAUUUUUGUUCUGUUUUUUUAUAUUUCUUUGAUUUUCUUUGUUCUGUCUCUUUGUGAUCUGAGUCUGACACCUGUGGAAAAAGUCUGUGAGCUGCAUGAAACUGAACCGCUUCACGUCUGCUGUUUGAGAUGGCUUCAAAAACUAAAACAAAAAAAGGGGGGGAGAUAUUCGUCCUGUUGGCUUUUUCUCGCGCUGCAUCGAGCCUCAUUUUCUAAUGUUCCGUUUCUGUGUUAUUGUUUUUUUCUUAUUUAUGUUUUAUGUUUUGGUUUAGCUAUAUUUGUAUAGCUCUCCUCUUUAAAUUACAAAGUGCUUUAAGACUGUUUUGAAUCUUCUUGAAUAUGUUUUUAUUUAUUUGGAUCUUUGUUUCUCUUCUUCUUUUUUGUGUGUGUGUGUUUUCCUUUCUGCUGAUUUGCCCUCUAUGGCGAGAUGUAUUCUAACCUCAAUGAGGGACUUGUACAGUGUUAUGCUCCAUUUUUCCCGUUUCACCCCCGUGAGAGGCAGACCUCGGCCAUGUUACCCGCCAGAGCUUCACUUCAACUGGGAUUGUCUUACACUGCAGCUCGCAGAGCAGAAAUACUCUCAUUGGUUUGUCUUGAGAAGAGUGACUUUAUAUUCAGGAGCCGCUGAACGUUGACUUGUUUUUAAUAUAAUAGAAAAACUGAAAACUCCAUAUUAUAUAUUCAAAAAUAGAAUCACACUGAAGAUGAUCACUUGGUUCUGGAGUUGGCCACAUGAUUAACCCAGUAAUCACACCAUAAAACACCAAAUGACCAAUUCUGCGCUGUUUUCAUCGACGACAUCAUCGAUACUUCUCUCGUAACUCUACGAUAAAUAUGAAUCUAGCCAGCGCUCCAGACUAAAAGCUCAUACUGGUUGCACUGGUGAGCCAAACUAGUUCAUUUAGAUGCACCAGCACAUAAUUUAAUUAAUAAUUUACAUUUCAGUUUAAUUUCUGAACACAUUAUGUAAUUAUGUAAAUAAUUGUCCACAUACAUGUUUUUCUUCAUUUAAGUCUUACGGAUUAGGAAAUUGCCAAAACUCGAUUAUUUAAAUAAUCAGUGCAACCUAUGAAAAUGUUUAGCUGGACUUUUUUGGGACCAAAUAAGUUACAAGUUGCACCCUGGAGCCACACUAGUGCUAGCAGCUAGUUAGCUUAGCACAGCAUAAAGAGUGAAAAUGGGGAAACUGCUAGCUUAAUUUAAAAAAUAAGCAACUCUCACACUAAAGCUUUUUGGGUUAAUGUUUACAUUAUGGGACCUUUACCGUGUAAUUUGUACAAAACCAAUUAAUUAUUUUAGUUACUUUCCACGAAAAAAGACAGUGAUUAUUUUAGGCCCCGCCCACCGAUGUUUACGUGAACCAGUCAGAUUGAUUCUGCUCUUGGGGUUGCUGCAGCUUUAAAGAAACGAGCUACAUAUUUUCAGGAUGUUAUUAGCGUGGCCUUGGUCUGACCUAUGGCUGUGUUACAUUAAAUGCCUUGUGGCUGUAUAAAUUAAGCCCCUAUGCCUACAGAACCUGGUGUCUUCUGGUGAGCUACGUGUGUGUAUGCGAGUACAUACACACCUUGUUGAUAUUUAUUUAUGUAUUGUACGUAUUCAUUUGAUUAUUUAUUUAUUUAUUUAUUCCUGCGUCCUAUUUAUUGGUUCGGCACCUGUGGCGUAUUUGACGAUUGUCAAUACAUUGGUGUAUGAUGUGGAGGAUGGGUGGGGGUGUAUGAAGGUAUGGGGUGGGGGGUUUUGGGCGUGGUCAGUGGAAAAACCUAGCUGUGAUACUAACUCUAACUGUUGCGCUCCUCGUAUUGGAUGAUGAUAUAAUCUAAGACCACUGUAUGUAUAACUGCUUGUCGUGAAGAUGAACUACAAUGUAAUGACAAUAAAGAAUUAACACUAUGACGACACA